UGAACCCAGAAGUAGGGUAUCCAAACUUGAACAGGCUUUAUUGCCAUGCUUUAUUGUCAUUAAUCAACUAUUUCUGAGUUUUCUUUCCAUUAUGCUUCCCGCAGCUGCAGUUUUUCAUUUCCCCUGGGAGAUAAACAGUGGAGCAGUACAAGAAGGGGAGUCAGUAAGAGUACUUGGCAGACUUGUCUGUUAUCAGCCUGAGGAGUCCAGAGCGACACUGUCCGCUCAGCAUGCUUCAAAAGAGCACCAAGUGGUCAUCCACACGUUGUUUGUUGAGCCUUUUAACCCAAUAAUUGGGGCCCAGUAUAUUGUUCUUGGUGAAAUUGAAAGUGCUGAGGGGGUUGGUGCGAUGGUCCGUGCCCGUGUGCUCAACUGCGUUGAUGGUGUAAAUGUUGCUCUUCUACAGAAAGCCAUCAAUGAGCAAAGGAGCUUUUUCAGGGAGAGGGAGAACAAACCGUGUGAUGCUGAACAACUUGCACACGCAACCUGACCAGGGUCUCCUGAGUUUCUAAGGAUGCUCGUUGAAUAUCAGGACUUCUGCUCUGCCUCUGAAGCUGUUUGCUAGUAAACUUUUGGCUUACUUUUCUCUCAGUGACCAUAACAGGUAGUCCAUCCUUUGCUAAUUGAUAAUUGAGGCCCCAAUGAAUGGAUUGGCAUAAUGGUUUCAUAUUUGGUUAAUGAAGAUAUAAAAGCAACUGUUUUAGAUCCAUUACUAAAGGUGCAAUAACCUAUGUGUUGAGACAUUUGAUAUUUUUGAAAUGUUACCAUUUGAUAUGCUGGGACUAAGAAGUCGUUUUUACAUGCUUUGAAAACUGUGUCAUGUAUGGGUCAUGUAUAUUAGAAAACAUAACUUUAUUCCAUUCGUUGAAAUAUCAAAAGUUUAAAAUUGUAUACUGAAUUAUAAAUGUUAAGCAAUCCAAAUGUAUUGGAUAGCCAAAUAAGAUGAAGCUGGUAUUACAUUGUUAAAUGUAAAUGUUGAAACCCGUCUAUUGUU